AUGAUUCUGAACACGCUCGUCAAACCGUUCAUUGACAGCCAUAUGGAAGACUACAAUGAGAAUUCUGUGGACGAUUUCAUCAGCGCCUAUCUGAGGGAGAUGGAAAAAGUAAAAGAAAGCCAACGGCUAAAUUUAUCAAUGAGGUAAACUUGAGGAAAGUUGUUUUCGACCUUGUUCGCGGCGGGAACCGAGACAACAUCGACAUCCAUCCGCUGGACCAUCGCCUACUUCCUUCACCACCCUGACGUGCAGGACAAGUGUUACGAGGAGAUCCACAGAGUUAUCGGGACUGAGCGAGCGCCUAACAUGCGCGACAAACCCGAGCUGGUCUACCUGGAGGCCACCAUCUUGGAGGUUAUGCGAUACGGGUGCAUCGUACCCAUUGUAGGACGAGCUGCCUCGUGUGACAACCAAUUGGAAGGAUACACGAUCCCAAAAAACACAGUCAUUCUCUCUAAUCUGCAUUCUGUCCUGUACGCACCGGAGGUGUGGGGGGAUCCUGAGAACUUCCGUCCGGAGAGGUUCAUCGGACAAGACGGCAAGGUUAUACGCUUUGAGGAGCUGAUUCCAUUCUCCAUGGGCCGGCGAGUGUGUCUGGGGGAAUCGUUGGCGAGGAUGGAGCUGUUCCUGUACCUGGCCGCCAUGAUACAGCGCUUCCGCUUCCUGCCACCGGAAACUGGUGAACUGCCAUCUUUGCAAGGAAUUCUUGGCAUUGUGGAUGUUCCAAAACGUUACAUGGUGCGCGCUGUCCUCAGAAAGUGAUAGAAUAUCUCCGAAAACACACAGAGACAAUCGCUGAUGAUAUUUGUUUGGAAUGUUAGAGGUUUGAGUCGGGGAGAAGCAAGAUAUUUUAAUGAGAGUAUUUUGAUUCACAAUAUAUAAACAUCGUGUCUUAAGUAUGGACAUUCUACUUACUAUGAAGUACUUGAUAUCUGUUGUUCUACUUGGUACAAGUUGCUUAUGAAGGAAAACAUAUUAUUAUUUACACAUAAAUAAUAGGAUGAAACUAAGUUGGUGCAUAUUUCACUAUUGCAAAACUUCUCUACAUUUAGCUCAUGUCUAAUAAUUAGUAUACAAUUAAUAUACAGAUGCAAUGCCUUAAUAUACACAGAUUGACAGUAUACAGAUAUAUAGAUAUAGACCUAUUUAUUACAGUCUGCCGGAUUACAUGUUUACACUGGCAAUAUAAUGGUGAUAACAGUUGGCAUAAAUGUGUAUUCUACAUAUUUAGAAGUCGUAAUCCCGGCAUUUCACAACUAACAUAGGCAUUAUAAUUUUUUAAUUUUUGAAGGCCUUUGUUAUAAGUUUGGCUAGCGUAAAUUUAGUUCUGUCAUAUUUACAAGAAGAGAUAUUCACCAGAAGGUGGACUCUGGCUGUAGGAAACAGAUGAUAAAUUUCAUUGCUUUUUUCAUCUACAAUGCUGGGUAUUUGAGAAGAAAAUCGCAUUUAUCUUCAUCAUCUCAUUUACACGAAGCGACAGGUCUCGUUUGGUUAUCAUUUAGAAACCAUAUUUUCGUGGUUGAUUAGUCCGCAUACUGAACCUAGCAAGCGCCAUCUUAUGCCAUCUAUUUGUAACAAUUGUUUGCUCAAAUACACUUUUACAUUCUCGAUACCAAGCGUAUUUUCUAUUUCGAAGGAUGAAUGCCAGUUUUGUAUAAAAUAGAUACAGCUACUAAUCAUACUCAUUCCAAAGAAACAGCAAAAAAUGCCAGAACUACGGAAAGUAAUCUAGAAUCAGCAUCAUCGCUGAGAAACUGCUAGAAAAAAACAGGCUGGCUUCAGAAGAGGAAGACUCAGUUGAACAGUUAAUGUACAUGUAUUAAAAAAUCCAAAUCCUCA